AUGGCGUCUCACACAGUGCCACCCGAGGUUGUUGACCUGGAAAACGCGGAUUUCACCAAAACGCGGGACCCAGAAACGCCAUCCAAUUUACAAAAUCGCUCUAAAAGAAGGCAGUGUACCUUUACAAAUGAGGUACCACUAGUCCUUAAACUGGGAAACAAAGCGAACAACAACAACACCAGCCCAGCGAUGGAAGCCUUCAAAGCCAAACUCGCUGAGCAUGAACACGCUGAAAGGAUUCAGCGAAAGGUCAUGACUGGCCUGGUAGAGACAAUUGACAGAUACAUCAACUUCUUCGCCGCGGGGGACGAAAGAACGGCUGCCAGGAAACUGAGCACUAGAGUCGUUGAGAUCCUCACACUCUCUAUCAACGAUGGAUCUGACCGAGCGUCGACCGCAUUGUAUACACUACCGGCGACGAGAAGCGCAGCUUCUCUGAAAACACAAACCACCACCAAAACCUACGUGGAGAUCCUCAAGACCCCCAAAACAAGUCAGAACGGGGCGGGCCGAGAGGACCCACCCACACCCCAAGAGGCCCCACCAAAGGCCCCACACGACAACACGCGCGCCAAACAACGGGCGAUACGAACCGCCCGGAGCACAGACCACAGGCUACUAAUAGCCAUCAGCCCUGCAGCUCGGAUCAGCAGGCCAGCCCCGUAUACGCUAAGAAGCGCUCUGAUUGGGGCAAUUACGGGCUUGACACUAGCAGAUGUCCCCACUAUAUCGGCUACUAAGACAGGGCACGCAAGUGCACCAAUCGGUAACUUGGUUCAACUACGCAGUCCCUGGGGUCCCAGUAUCGAUCUGCACGAUAGCAGGACUCCCAGCCGAUACAGCGAAUCACAUGGAAGCGGAGGUUCAAGCACAGACAGGCUAAAUCCCAAACCAGUCCGCGGGUUCAGGUUCUUUAACGCUAGCGAACUAGCACGAGAGAUCAAGGCAAAACCUACGAUAACCCGACACGACACCGGAUGCCAGGGCUGGUGCAACCCAGCAAGAUACACCAGGCUCACCCAUUGCGCAAACUGCGGGGCACGAAAAGAUGCACACAAGAGUCCGCAAGGAUCCAAUUGCACAGCAAAGACACGAUGUACUAAUUGCUUUGGACCUUUCGCGGCAGGACACCAGAACUGCCCAGCAGUACCUAAGAUAGUGGAUAGCAAGGCCACAGUGUCUACCAAGCCACAACUUAAGGCUAUACGAAAACCAGCUCUAGCCCUGGAAGCAGCAAUACUUGCCAACCAGAAGCCCAAGGACAACCCCAAGAAGGGACUCAACGAGGAGGCCCUAGCUGGUAGCCAGCAGGACACUGAAAUGGGGGAGGACCCCCAACCCAACGCACAUAAGAUACGGGACCUAACAGUCUGCUGGGCAAACAUGGGCAGAAUACCAGAGAUCUACGACAUUAUAUUACAAAUGGCAUUUGAGGACAAAACAGAUGUCUUGUGCGUACAGGAACCAUCCACGUUCCCACUCACAAAAACCAAAACACACCCCGGAUGGACCCUAUAUGCGCCAAUAGACUCAUGGACAGGAACAUCCCCCGAACAAAGGGAAGCAGAAAGACCCCGAGUACUGACUGGCUCGGAUCAUCACACCCUGGUAACAACAAUACCUGGCAGAGGUAUCAAACCUCUGGACCAACAUAACAUCUGUGUCCCGGAAACGGAACUACUGCGACUAGUGGGGCUAGUAGCAAACGGAGUGGUAUACCUGCCCACAAAUGACACCCUCAACACUCCAGAAAGGAUAGACGAUUUCGCUGAACAACUCACGCAAAUCAUCAAGCAAGCAAUGACUGCGGUAGGAACCACAGACAAAGGAAAAGGCAAGGCAGCACCCUGGUGGAUAGCAGAAUGCAAAAGGGCCUACACUGAGCACCUGAGCAGACAAGCUGCACCAGGGAGCCCCCCCACCACAGCAACGAAAGACUUCAAAACGACGGUCAGAGCAGCCAAACGCGACUACUGGAGACACAUCAUAGACGACAUCUCCAGUGACAAAGACCUGUACAAGAUAGUCAGCUGGCACAAGCUAGCCCCGAACCUUAAAAGCCCCCCAAUCACCUCAAACGGAGUGGUGAUAGAAGACUCGAUGGAAAAAGCCGAAGCAUUCAGGACUGAAAUCCUGGACCGCUUUAGAAACGGGCACUUACCCUGGAACUCCUGGCUCACAUUGGAGGAAGUCGAAGCAAGCAUCAUUGGAGUAUCCAGCAUGUCCCCAGGAACUGACCAAGUCACGGUCAGGAUCCUCAAGGCCUGCUGGGACUACCUCAAGGACCCGCUAAGAUGGCUCUACCAGAAAUGCCUCGAACACAGCUACUUCCCAAAGACCUGGAAGCUAGCUGAGGUGGCUAUGCUACCCAAGAUCGGGAAAAAGGACAUGACAUCCGCAAGGUUAUGGAGACCCAUCACCCUGCUCUCCUGUAUAGGAAAAGGCCUGGAAAGAAUAGUCGCCAAACGCCUGGGCUGGACAGCCCUAAGGUAUGGCAUCAUCAGUCCCCAACAUGGCGAAGCCCUGCCCAAGCGGUCCGCGAUGGACCUGGUAGUAUCCUUCAUAUACGAUGUGGAGGUGGUACUAGGGACCGGCAAGAAAGUAACCAUAGUCAUUAUGGAUAUGUAA